ACUAAAAUGAACCUAAUUAUAGCGGUUUGUUAACCCUGCUCAGAAUGUGACUACCCCCCUUGGCUUUUGCUUUUUCAGCUUUUGAGGUGAUUGUGGGUCUGAUAAUAAUUAAAUUUGGAAAAAAAAGAAAGUGAAGUAUUUGGGUGGAAUAAUCUUCACAAUGGAGGACUCUAAACCUCCAGAAACCCUAGGAGCUCAAAACCCAGAUGCUAAAACCCUUAUGCAACCUUCUGGGUCCUCUGGCAUAGCAUCCAGUUUGGUGUUUCAGGUUCAAGAGAACCGUAAAGGGGUGGGUGUAGGCAGUAAUAAUGUUGAAGGUGUCAAUGUCAUUGAGGGGGAAGGUUCGGCCAAGAAUGUGAAUGCAGGGCCUGGCAUUGAAGAACGUGCCUUGCAAACAGCUUCAAAUGGGAGGUUAGUGGGGUUGGGGAAUGGUUCAGAUGAAGAAAAUGUCCUGGAGAAGACUGUCAGAGAGCGGGGAAUGAAGGAGGAUGAUGAUGUGUCAGGUUCAAAUGGAGUUGAUUCAGUUAGGAAGUUUGAAAUUUCUGGAGACCACAUAUCAUUUUAUGUGGAUUUUUCUGAAGUAAGUAAAGGGAACUCUGAUGGUGCCAAUGCUUCUGGGUUAAUGGUGAGCGAGGAAGAGCCAGGCAGACCUGGAGUCAUGCAAGAGCUAGGGGUCAUCUAUGGUAAAAAAUUCAAGCUCUUGGUGGGUGAUAUUGUAUGGAUCCAAACCAAAAAUCUGAGUUGGUGGCCAGGAAGAAUUGUUGGUCCUCUAUUUGCACCAGAUCAUGUUCUGAAGGGUGAACAGAGGAACUGCCUACUGGUUGGGUAUUUUGGGGAUAGCCAUGUCGCUUGGUGCCACCCAUCUCAAUUAAGGCCUUUUCAUCUUAACUUUGAACAGAUGUCUGGGCAAAAUAAAGCUAGAAGCUUUCUUUCUGCGGUAGAGAGGGCUGUCUAUGAGUUUGGUAGGUGUGUGAAACUUGAGAUGACUUGUUCUUGUAUUCUGAAAGAAAAUCAGCACUCAGCUGGUAAGCCUGGAGAGAUGCAAGGAGCGGCGAUUCCAAAGUGCAAAUCUAGUCAACUUGGGGGGUUUUCUGUUGUUAAAUUUGAACCUGCAGAAUUUAUUUCACAACUCAAAAAUCUUGCAGUGGAAAUUUCAAAGCCUGGCUUGCUUGAAUCUACCGUUGCACUGUCUCGUUUGUCAGCCUUCUAUCGUUUUGUAGGGCAUCUCCAGUUGCCAUUGCACACACUCUGGGAAGUAAAUGGUGGUGAAGAGGGUACUGCAACUAGGUUGAAUGUAAGUGAGGGUGAAAUUUUACAGCCAAAUCUGAAUAAAGAUUUAGCUAUGAUCUCAGGAGUGAAUGUGAAUGUUAUGUCAGAAGACAAUGGAGACAUUAUUUCCGGAGAAAGGAUUGUCUUAGGGAAACUGUCAUCGAGUUCCAAGAUGCAAAAGAGGAAAAAUGAUACUGAAAUGGGAAGCAGCAUCUGUAUUGAAGGCCUUGAUCAUGGUAUAUUGCCUUCUUUGGCUGAAAAAGAAGAAGUCAGUCUCCUGCCAUCUUCAAGUAUGACAGAAGGAAUUGUUUCUACUAAAGGAAAUGGUGAUGGAGAGAGCAUAAUUAAUGGUGAGUUGGGUCUUGAAUUUAGAGAAAGAAGGAAGAGCAAAUACUUGUCAUAUCCCUAUGUAAACUGGAAGAUUAAAAACUUGCCAAGUGAAACAGAAGCUGAUCAGUCUAAUGUGUCUACUCCACCAGUUAAAAGUGUUAUCAAGAGGUUCCAGAAGAAAUGGUAUAAGAGAUUCGUUAGUGGGAAUGAUAUGUCAGCUAAUCCACAGAUGAUCAAUGCUUCUUCUGCUGAACUGCUUUCCGAACUCCUUUCUACAGCUGUGGAUUGCUUCUAUCCAGUUGAAAGUAAAAGCUUUGGUUUGACAGAGUGGUUCUUUUCCCGAUUCAGAAUUUCAGUGUAUCACGGAGAGUCUAUGUAUGAGACUUAUUGCAAGAAUAUGGUAGGUCAGAAGGAGGCUACUGCUGUUCAUCCUAGCUUGUCAGGUAAUAAUCCCCAUAAUGAUAAGCCUACUUCACCCCAUACUAGGUCUGAGCUGAAUAAGGGAACUCCCAAUUCUAAUCCUGAGAGUAAGACACCAAAGAGAAAGAGGCGUUCGGAGUCAGAAACACCAAAGAUGAAGUCUCUCUCUGGCCUAUCAGAUGUUAGUAUAGCCAUCAACAAGUGCAACUUAUCAGGAAAAGAUUUCCAGGUGAUGACUCCUUUGACACUUGAUGGGGAACCAACUUCAGCAUGUCUGCAGACUAAACAGACUACUAAUAUACCAGAUUUAAAUGGGAGUGGUGCUAUUCCCAUUUCGGUUGGAGAAGAUUCACAAGUUUUGAACCGAUUAGCAUCUGAGUCAAAGAAGAGAAAGAGGAAAGGAGCUGCCUUAGAACAUUCAUUGACCAUGCCAUUGCCAACUACAGGCUUGCCUGUUAAUGGGAACUAUGCCAGUUUCAGCUCUUUGAUGUUAAGUUUCGAGGCGGCAGGUCCUUAUUCCAUCAGAACAGUUCCUGAGCAAAAUGGCAAGGAAGGACUUACUGCUGGUCAACCAGAUUCUGCUGGCCAACCAGAUUCUGCUGGGAACUCUGGUCCUGUGGCACCAGACAUUUUUUCACUCACAGCUGAAAGUAAGCCUGUUAAGAGAAAUAGAAAAAGAAAGGCAAAGGCAACGCCAGAUCAGCUUAACCAUUUGCCUGAUCGUGAAAUUCCAGAUUUAAAUGGAACUAGCACUGAACCAAGUGCAUCUGGAAAGGAUUGUCAGGAGACAAAUAGCCUUUUACCUUCAGACAAACCAGAAGAAAAGAAGAAGAGGAGGAAAAGACAAACUAGGUUAGGAAUAACACUUAGUGUAAAUUAUGAUAGUGGGAGCACUCUUCUCUUGACAUUUGCUCCUGGAGCUUCCAUGCCUUCAAAAGAAGUUGUGGUUGCAACAUUUUCUAAAUUUGGCCCCUUGAAGGAGUUAGAGACACAAGUGUUGGAAGACUCUGGUAGCGCCCAGGUAGUUUUCAUGAGAACUGCAGAUGGAGGAGAAGCAGCUCGGAGUUUAGAUGAUAGCAAUCCCUUUGGUGCAACCCUCAUCAAUCACCAGCUGCAAAUUCACCCAAGUCUGCCCCCAGCCAAGCCUUCUGUCAUUCCACUGCUUCAGCCUCACCAUAGCGAGGCACCUUCACUAGACUACAUCAAGAAGAAUCUGGAGAUGAUGACAUCAAUGCUGGAGAAGUCAGGCGAUAAUCUUUCUCCAGAGAUGAGAGCCAAAUUGGAGAUGGAGAUUAAAGGCCUCCUUAGUAAGAACACGGUACACAUAGACCCUCAUUUCCCAUCCAGAUGCAGUUGCAGAUUUUUAGGCUCCAUAACAGUCAAGCACAAAACUUUCUGGACUUUACUUGCUAGUAGUAGUAGAUCAUGUUUUUUAACUAAGACUAGGAGCUCUUCAUCCCUGGGUUUAGUGAAGGGUGAUUCUAAGGCAUUUGUCUUCAAGUCUACCCCAUUUAGAGUAUCUGCAAUGGCAGUUUACAAAGUGAAGUUGAUUGGACCAGAUGGUGAAGAAAAUGAGUUUGAUGCCCCAGAUGAUGUCUAUGUUCUUGACUCGGCUGAAAAUGCAGGUCUAGAGCUCCCGUACUCCUGCAGGGCUGGUGCCUGCUCUACUUGUGCAGGGCAAAUGGUUUCAGGAUCAGUUGAUCAGUCUGAUGGGUCAUUCCUAGAUGAGAAGCAAAUAGAGAAGGGUUAUGUCCUGACCUGCAUCGCAUACCCCAAGUCAGAUUGUGCGAUCCACACCCACAAGGAAGGUGAUCUUUACUGAAUCUUGGUUUGGCUCUGUGGGUAGAGAAAGGGCCCAUACUUGUGCCAUCAUGUUAA